UCAGCCCAUCUAAUACCGUCAGAUCAAUUCCCUCUCAUUUCUAAUCAUAAGAACUCAGCUAUCGUUUCCAAUUGCAUCGAGAAUAUACAUACAAAAUCAAACAUCGACACACAAAUCGAUCGAUCUGAAGAGAUAAUAUGAAAGCCAUGGCAGUAGAUUACUUUCAAGAGCUCGAGGAGCAAGGCUCCACCAUGGCCAUGGACGUCGACGACGAAGCUCUCGAGAUGUUCGGCGAGGCUCCCAUCACUUUCGAUCACCACCGGCUCGCCGACGCCGACUUUUUCAAUUCGUUCGAUGACGACUUUGAUGACGCUGACAUCAAUUGAAUUGAACCACUACUAUCUCCUUUUAUAUAAAUAUCUGUCUGUUCUAGGGUUUGCUUUCUAAUGUCAACAUUCCUUGCGUUACUAUUGCUAUUGUUAUGUUGUGUGUACUGUGUUUCUGAAUGUUAUUGAUAUCCUAAUUGCCUUUCGUGUUGUA